AUGACACCACUGGUUGCGGCUAGUGUGCUCCUCUCAUAUGGCGCUAAUCUGGAGCACAAGACGGAGGACAACCGUACGCCACUUAUGGAGGCUAGUCGCAUGGAACGUCGAAUUAUCCAUGGAAACCCUAUGAAUUGCACGACGGACAAGCGGUUGCGACGCCAUGCCGCAUUGACAGGUUUCCAGGGACGAAAAGAUUCAACGUCACUGAUAGAAGCGGCUGCUUCGGGUCAUUGUAACAUUGUCAUAGUGCUGGUCAGGAACAAUUUCAAUGUGAAUGCAAGUUGUGAAAAUGUGGAAACGGCGCUCAUGGUUGCCAGCGCGGGCGGUUAUGUUAAUGUGGUGAAUGCACUGCUAAGCCAUGGCGCCAACGUUAAGGAGCACAAUUUGAUUGAACAUACACCGCUGAUGAAGGCCGCAUGGGCCGGCCAUGUGGAAGUAGCCAAGGUACUUGUCGAGCGUGGAGCCGGAAUCAAUCAAUCCCGUUCCAAUGUGUACAACGAGAGUGCAUUGUCAGCGGCUAGCUAUAAGGGUCAUUUUGAUUCAUUGGUGCGUUUCCUACUGCAUGCCGGCGCCGAUCGCGAACUUCACUCUUUCAGCGGCUUCAACAUAUGGCCAA